AUGUUGCAGAUGCCAUCUCCGUUGUCCGGGAGUGAUUCGCUUCUGAAUAGACGAACGGCGAAACCACUGACGGGAAAUUUACGGCUCCGACGACUCACAAAAGCAUAUCUGGAACCGUUGGAUGAUAAUAAGGAGCUGUCGCCGACAGUGAUCAAGAUUGAUCAGAUAUACGACCUGAGUACGAUUUUUCCUCUCCAAUCUCAAAAAAAUUGCCCAUUUUUGCAGCACAAGAACUGAUUGUGCAAUGCCAAAGUGUGACGAGUGGAUUGUUUCCAAGAUACUCGAAAGAUCAGGACGUGGGAUACGUGAAGGACAGCAUCUACUGCGCCAUGGCCUGUUGGGCUUGCUCUGUAGCCUAUAAGUAGGGGCUAACACAGAAUUAUCAACAAAAAUAACGCUAGACAGCAGGCAUUGAAUUAGCGAAAUCAGCACAUGAUUCCGGCGCUGGAAUAGCGAUUUUAGAUGCUGCUUUCGAUAAAUUAGUCGCUGCUCGCGCUAUUUCAUAAUUAAAAUGUAUCACUUCUGUUCAUUUUCCAGACGACUCGAUGAUGAUCGUGGCCGACAAACAGAGCUCCGUCAAACAGCCGUGAAAGCAAUGCGUGGAAUUCUGUUCUCAUGGAUGCAACAGAGCAAAAAUGUAAUAAUCGAUUCUAUCGGAGUUCUCUUACUUAUCCUUUUUUCAGCUUGACGCAUUCAAAUCGCAGAACUCCUCGGAGUUUGCUCUUCACGCUCGCUUCGACCUCUCCUCCGGAAUGUGCCUCGUCACUCCAAAUGACUCCCAUUACGGACACCUUCAAAUGGAUCUGGUGGCUCUUUACCUGCUCACCCUUGUCCAAAUGAUUUCCGCCGGAGUCAAAGUGAUCUAUACGCAUCACGAAGUGAAUUUCAUUCAAAAUUUGGUUUUUUACAUUGAACGUACCUACCGUACCCCGGACUUUGGAAUGUGGGAACGGGGCACCCGGUACAACAACGGGAAGCCAGAGCUCCAUGCGAGCAGUUUGGGAAUGGUGAAGGCGGCUCUGGAGGCUAUCAAUGGAUUCAACUUGUACGGAAGCACCGGAACUUCGGCUUCUGUCAUCUACGUGGAUAUUGACGGCCACAACCGCAAUCGCACCACUUUUGAGACCAUUCUUCCCCGGGAGAGCAACUCCAAAAACACCGAUUCGGCUCUUCUUCUGACCGUCGGAUGGCCGGCGUUUGCCACGCACGAUGAGGCGCUUUUUGAAAAGACGCUCAAAAAAUGUGUGCGGAGACUUGAGGGAAGAUUCGGAUUGCGAAGGUGAGCGACUUUUUCUAAUGAAAUCCCAAUCCUUAGCUUCCUUAGCGAUGAAUAAUCCGGCUCGUUUCUGAAUCAUUCUCCACACAAAUAUUCUUUGUGUCGGAAUGUAAAAGACUUUUGCAUUUUUCCAAUCAAUUUUGCUCUCUCUCUCUCUUCCCUUUUUGUGAUGAUUCAUACACCCACGCAUCGUACAGUCUGUGUAAAAACCAAUGUCUGGAAUGUUUAUUGGGCUAACUUUCGAAAUGGCCAUUUUCUCAGCAUAAAUAUUGUGUGAAACAUAAAAAGUGACCGUGAUGGAGCGUUUUUCCAUAAAUCAAACCCGCUCCCCGAGCGAGCGCCCAAACACUUUUCCCGUUGAUCUCUUUCUCCAAUGCGAUGACGACGAUAAAAUCGAACGACGAUGAGGAUGAUGCCCACGGGCCGAUGGCGGUGGUGACCCCCGGUACCAUCCUUUCUGCCCCGUUCUCCCGCCUCUCGCUCUCUCCGUCGAUUCGCCCGUGUCUUUCGCUCUCUCCGCCACUUUUUGCACAAUUUGCACACCGCUCAUACACUAGUCGCUACACAUAAAAGAUUUGCAUCUGAAUAGAGGAGGGAGAGAGAAAGAGACAGAGAGAGAGAGAGAGAGAGCGAUUGGGACACAACGACACGGUAUCAAUUGCCCCCUAUCUAUUCUCUCAAUUGUUAUCAAUCGAUUGAUGUGUUUGAGAGGAAAAUAUCAUGAAAAGGCGAGCGAGCGCGCCAGAGAAAUGACCGUUAUAAUGCAAAUCGGGUAGAGAAAGGGGAACUGAUAACAAUCACCCCGUGUACAGACAGACACACUCGCCAUACAAAUGAUAUUGGGCACUAUUGAAACGAAUUGAGAAAGAAUAAAUGACGUGGCAAUGAAUAGAUGAAAAAAUAAUUGCAGGUUCCAUCGAGACGGAUACCGAACCGAGUUGGAGGACAACAGCAAAAGCUUCUACGAUGAACACGAGACGGCGCAGUUUCAGGGCGUCGAAUCGCAGUUCCCGAUAUUUUUGGCGUGUAUUUCGCUUACCGGUACGGAUUGUCGAAGUGAUUGAGUUCUGGGCGUAGUGCGGAUUUUUAAGCAAAAGUAGCAUCAGUAGCCAAUGGGAUAAUGAGCAAUUUAGAGGAGCAAGACAAGAAUUAAGUUUCAGCGUACAUCCGCGCUAAUCAAGAAUACGGUGACGUCUACUUCAAAAAGCUGCAAAAGUGCCUGAUACCGGAUGACUCGGUUCCCGGCGGAUACAUCGUUCCGGAGUGUUACUGUGUCGACGAAUUUCUGAUGGGCAAGGAACGAGAAAAGCCGAACUCGACAGAACUCUACGCGCUGAGCCAUCAAGAGUUUGGACAUCACUUGUGGAGCAAUGCCAUUUAUAUCAUUCUGAUGCUGAAACGAGAAGGACUCAUUCAUUCCGGAGACAUUGAUCCGAUCAAUCGACACUUGCCAGCCAGUCAACGUCCGAAAAUGUUCAAUCGCCACUCGGCUUUCCAGGUAUUUUUGCGGGUCAUUCCGAAACGAAAACUGAAAGGUUUGCAGGGAAGUAUGGAAGGCGAUCCAGUGGUACAGGUGGCUCUGAUUUCCGAAUCGUCACGUCUUCAGAUGAUGCUCUCCACGUAUGGAAUCACUACGCAAACUCCCCACGAGGUCGAGCCUGUGCAGAUCUGGCCCAGUUGGAGAAUGGUAAAGGUGAGAAAAACCUUCGAAGUUUUUUUAAAAUCCAGAUCUGGAAACGUGCGAUUGUUUCUGUUCGAGUCGGGUUCCGGGUUGGUUUCGGGUCGUCGUAUCAUUUGAAAGGUCAUCAGCUACAUCCGGCCACUCGGCAGCCGUGCCCAGAGCUCUCCGAAUGAAAAUUGUGUGCAAAAAGUGUGUGCGUGCUUGUGUGUCAGUUGUCCCAUUUCCUCUCACACUCAAUCACACUCUUCUUCUUUCCCUUCGUCUCCGCCGUCCGUCCGCUCAACAACCUAUUCUCUCGGUCUUUCUUCGCCCAAAAGAUAUGAUAAGGUCUAGAGAGAAAAAGUGAAGAAAAACUACAAGCAAGAAGAGCGAAGCGAAAUUCGCUCUGUUGGAGUGUGUUUUACGUUUCAUGUACAUAUCGCCGCUCCGUCCGCACCGCUUUCCGCAUCGAAUCGACACGCACACACACGCACACAGGUUGUAGUCGGAUGACGACCCCCAUCGGUAGUACGUAUUUGGUGCGGCGGCGACUGUACGGUGUGCGCGUCGGCGCUCACAAAUUGUAAACACAUAUAGAUAUAGUGCGUGUGUUUGAACUAGCCACGACAGACCGACGAUCUGUACAAUAUAUAGAGUCUUCAUUGAUGUUGUAUCUAUGUUACGCUCCAGGAAUUCUCUGAUAACCGAGAAAGAGCUGUAGGAGCAUAUGGUGAUUUUCAACAUUCCCAUGUUCAAAGAUUCGGAAGAUCAGCGAGUAGUUCGUUUGAAUCGAAAUUCCUGAAGUAGACUAGGGAGAAGAUAAGCCCAGGCUAUUUACAGACCUGAUUCAGUCUCAAAACAAGCCAGUCCUAGGCAACAGAGACCCCGAAGUAUUCACUUCUAAUCGCUUGGCUUCCGCGCUCCUGCCGCCCGAUACCGCCUAGCCCUUCCUCUCCCUCCAAACCCCCUCUUUCCACUGAUCGAGUACACGUGGACAAUCGAUAUCGACGCGAGAGGGGUGGAGCCCGCUGCCCCGACCGGCCCCGCCCACCGCUAGAGAGAAGAGGGACGAGACCGAGAGCGACACGGCGGGCCCCCCGGGUAUAAAUAGGCCGGGUCAGAGAACAGUGCCCGCAUUCCAUCUCGCUCUUCCCUUCACCUCCCGCCACCCGCUCUACUUCUCCUGCCUGCCCCCUUCCCCCCUUUAUUCAACGGUGGCCGUGUCCCCGACCUCUACUUCAUUCACCUACUUCUUCUAUUGUGGGUACCUAUCGGGGACCUGUAUGAAGUAGUCUCUCAUUAAUCCAUCGCCCUACUAUUCGCAUCUCAUCACUUUUUGUCCAUUAGGAUGAGAUCGUUCAGUACGGCAAUGGAGAGAGAGAAGCAUCUAAGCUACUUUAUGUGUGCACAGUAAACGGUUUGAUCAGAAUAUUAAUAAUACUGGUGACCUCCUAAUAGCCAGUCCACUCGGGACGCGAAAGGAUUUGUUAAGCAAACCCCGAGCUCACACAGAGCGUUCCGCCGCUCGGCUCCUACUCUUUGCAGAGCAAACACGUGUGAGCACCAUUGCACACUGCACUAAACGAUUGAUGACUGUGAUGAGGAUGAGAGAGAAAGAGGGAUGAUGAUGACGCAAGGCUCUCUCACUUUCCCUCUCUCUCUCAAUCGUAAAUCAAACGGAUAGUAGUUGUAGUAGAGAGGGAUGGGGACCCUUUGGAGAAGAAGAAGAUAAGAAUCGAUUGAAGGACAACUGCCAACGAAGAAGAUUGGAGACAAAAUUUGUUGGCCUCCACAGGGAUCCAUUUCUUUGAAGGUGAUUGCUAUCGUUCAGAGCGGUACAAAACAUUCCGAUGAAUGCAGGGGAGGAUGAGGAGGACACCCACCUAGAUUGAUGGGAAAAGGACGUUUUGGGAGGAGGAAGCAAGGACAAAUUACGGUUCCGGGUUAUGGCGUGAUGUGGUCGGAAAACAGCCUGAUACGAGACAAAAGUGCAGUCUGAUCUGACUGCAAAUUUUUUCGGGGAAAAUUGAUAAAAUGAUUAUUCGAAAAUAGAGAGAUACUAUGCAAAUCAACCAGUGACAUUUCCAAUCAACUGUACGGUUUACACGGAGAGACAUGGCUUCUCUGCUUUUUUCUCGGGUCACAGAUAAGCAGGUAAAAUUUCCGAUACCCAAUUUUUCAGACGUUUUCGAAACAGGCUUGUAACUUCUGUGAUGCUGUUUGUGUUAAUAAUUGUGCGUCUUGAAAACGGAUUUCCGUUUGAUCAAAAACCGAUUGGAAUUUUGUCGAUCGUCGUCGUCGCUUUGAUUCGUCGCUUUCCUUCAAUUGGAUUCUCCGAUUUGAUCCUCUCUUCCUCCUUCUCCUACUAGCACGCGCAUCAAGAAUCGUUACAAAAGAAUUCCUUCUCGUCGUCGGAUGUCUUCUUCUCCUUCAUCUUAUUCGUUUUCAUCUCUGGCGCCUCGUCCCUCAGACAUAAAUCUCUAUUGGCGAAUCUUGGGCGGGAAACUGUAGAAAACGACAAAAAUGACCUAGUUUACCACUCGAAACAUGCCACUUUCUUCUACUUCCACCGUGUUCUCGUGGUAGCUGGCUGCAGCAGACUGCCGCUUUGUUGAUGGGCGCGAAAAACAGAAAGCAAAAGCGUUUCAGUUGAAAACAACCCGGGGAAACGUUUUAUCGUAGGGAUACGGUACUCGAUAACUCGAACAGAAAAACAACUAAGAGAUUGGGAUAAAAUAAAAGUGAACAUUUUUUUUAGGUGUUCGAAUGUCUCGGACGUGACAGGAAGCUCAAUCUUUCGGGACGUCCACAACGCCCAUUUGGUCCUCUAAGCACUUCGAAAGUGUUCCGCGUGUUCGGAGAUACUGUACUCUGUUACCCGCUCCUUUUCGAAGUCAAAGACUUUUAUGUGAGCUCCGAUCCGGCAGUGCUCAUCGACGAUAUUAAGGUAAAUCACGGCAUGCGUAAUUAACUCGCACUACUACCAGUGGAGGGGGUUCAAAAUACCAUCUACAUAUAAUUUCCAUACCUAUACACGAGAGAGGGGGAUUAGUGGCCGAAGGACACCCGAAAACUGGUAGUACAAUGGGAUUUAUGACACUUCACACCUUUAAUAUAGAAUAUAGAAUACAUCAACGAUAUUAUUCAGAGAGACAUUGAAUUUGUGGCGCGACGAUGGAAGCUGGCGGGACGGCCCACAAUGUGCGUGGUUCUGCGCGAGGAAAAUGUCGCCGGCGAGUAUUUCGACCACAUUCUUGACCUGUUGGUGCAACUGAAGAACGGACAUAUCAAUGGAAUCCGGGUUCGACUCGGAAGAGUUCAUGUUAGUUAUUAACCGGGUGGGUUCUGGAAAAUGAGCGAACGUUUCAGCAAUUACUCAACUCGUGCUGUAUCGAACAUAUAGACUUCGCUAAUUCGGACGAUCUGGAGUUCGACAUUGAUAUAUUGGAAGAGACGCAGGAUAACUCAACCAUAUUUUCGCGUCUGAGCCUCAAAGAGGGAAUCGACGACGAACUGACUCAUGAAGUGGGAAUAUACGCUUUUUUAGAACUCCAUCACACUGAAAUGCAGCAAUUUCAGAAAGACGUUACUCCGAAGACGGAUCACGAGUUGUACCAAAUUAUUGAGAAAGAUGAUAUGGAACGCCCUAGACUUUUGGCUUUUGCUAUUUGGAUUCUCUUGUCUAGAACUCACCCGGAUCUGAUGGUUCAUAAUUGUGAGACCAUCUGUCCUGUACUGUAUUGUAUGAUAUAUUUUUCCAGUCACUCUUCGUGAACGCCUUGAGAAAGUGUACCGCCGUGCGUGUCAACUUCGUCACUGGUGGCUUGUUCGCUAUUGCGCCGGACGUCUUCGGAAAGCGAUGAACUCUCUCGCUCCGGCCAUCACAAAUAUGCUCGUACGUGGCAAACAGAUCACUUUGGGAGUCCGCAAUCGUCCUGGCGCCCGCGAAGAGAUUAUUGUUCGCCCGAUUGCUCCGAAUGAUCUGAACAAGCUUCUGUUUGAAUGCUCUCCCGCCGAUGAACCACAAGCGGCCGUCUUCCAUCAGGAACUCAUCAUUGCCUGCUCUGAUUUGGUAGUACCAUUAUUUACUUUGGCCUUUCUGACUAACAAAAUUUCUUAGAUGUCGCAUAAUCCUCAAGUCUUCGAAGGUGUGCUCACAAUCCGGCUCUCGUGGCUUUCAGAAGCCAUCGGCAUGCUCCUGAACUACGUAAGAGUCACUGGAGCGCUGAAAAUUCCGGGAAUCAUCACUGGAACUCCACCGACGCCGGGAACUACUGGCAUCCCGACAGGUAAACUGCUAGCACACUUUCUGUCUCGAUUAUUCUCUCAGAAGUGGUGGAUUUUGUUCACAAACUGAUCCGUACCAAGUAUCGCCGCGAUAAACUCAUCGAGGGUAAAACAAGCCGUAGCCGUCUCAUUUUUGAUUGAAAGAAUGAUGUGGUUCUGCUCUGAAAUGCCUAAAAAUGUUCCAAAAAUGUGUUUAGAGCUCAAUAUGUGCCUAGAUAACCCCUUUUGUUGCAUGUGUAACUAUAUUUUUUUAAAGAAUCUUCACUCGACAAUCCCCUCAUGCGUUCGUUUUCCAGAAUUCAAAAAGAGUUGUAUCUACGAUUUGUCGCCAACAGUCGUCAAAGACGUCGUGACGGCGCUGAUGACGCGGACCAACUGGCACUUGCUGUAAGUCCCUUUGAAUUCUAUCGGAUUGAGUAGGCACCGCUUCGCUAUACGAUACAAUUCAUUUUGGUUUCAUUCUGACCGCUAUUGUGAGUGUGUGCGUGUGAAUCACCGACCUUGUGUUUUUGAUAGUCGGAAAAAAGUGUACCCAGUGUUGGUAGCUAAUGUGUGACUCAUGAGUUGAGAAAGUAUCAGAAAGCAAGUUGUUUUGAAAAAGGAUAGUAAAAAACAAUCAAUAUUGAAGAGGAAACUACAAGAACAUGACUUUUAAAGUAUACAUUGUAUAAAUGAAUUGCUAGAAAUAAAAAUAACCGAUGAACUCUUCCUUUUUUUUUACAAUUUAGUCGCUGCUUCUGCUAAUUUAGUCGCUGCUUCUGCUAAUUUAGUCGCUGCUUCUGCUAAUUUAGUCGCUGCUUCUGCUAAUUUAGUCGCUGCUUCUGCUAAUUUAGUCGCUGCUUCUGCUAAUUUAGUCGCUGCUUCUGCUAAUUUAGUCGCUGAUUCUGCUAAUUUAGUCGCUGAUUCUGCUAAUUUAGUCGCUGCUUCUGCUAAUUUAGUCGCUGCUCUGCUAAUUUAGUCGCUGCACUCGAAACAUUUCGCUUUCCAGGUCUCCUCUCCAAACCCGCCGCCUGAACGGAGCUCUCAACCGAAUGCCGGUCAACUUCUACGACCGUGUCUGGACAAUUCUGGAACGUUCGAAACACGGAAUCAUCAUCGCCGACCAAUUCUUGCCGCAGCAACCGACUCUGAGCGACAUGACGCGAUUCGAGCUCACGUUUUCGUACAAAAUCGAAUCGAUGCUCAGUCGCAUCUCGCAUCCGGAAUACCGACAACUUCUGGUUGAGGUAAGGACCACUGUUUAUAAAAGUUAUCUCUAAAAAUCAUGCUUUGAAUAGUUGAUCGUGUCCUCAGAUUUCAUGUCACUUGACCCUGUCCCUUUGAUUCGAAUUUCCGGAGAAACACACAAAUUUCCCCAUUUCUUUGAAAAUCGGUCGAAAAUCGUGUUCACUUCAGAUGUUGAUCUCACUCGAAGGAAUUCCUUUUCGGAUGCUAAGAAUUCCUUUCGCCAAUGUCCCUCACACUUACUUCGGGUUUACAAGUUUUGUUGUUUCAACGUGACCAGGACGUAGGCCCGACGGAUGUAGACUACCAUAUAAUUUGGGAAAAAUUUUCCCUAAAUCUAACAUUUUCAUAUAUAUAAUUUCAAUCGCAAGCUACUCAAAAAUAAUUAUCCGAAGAAUGAGCCCAAAAAUAAAAAAAACCCCGAAUGUUCAGGGAUGUGGAAUGUUUGAAAAAAGGCUCCGAUUCGUCGGCAACGUAACUCUUCGAUAUUAUGCAAAACACAUUUGAGAGACACAAGUGACAAAAUAGUUUCUAAUCCGAUCGACAUCCCUCUCUCACUCUCAGCUGAUGACUCGACACGUAUUUGGUCCUAAUAUGUUUAUUAGAGAAAAAUGAGGGAAGUCGGUAGUGACGACACGAAAUUUAGUGGGAGUUGACGAUUAACGUCUACGGGGACAAACAGAGAAACUCGUAAUCAUUAAUAGGAUCAUCGGAUCCACAGUAAUCCAGAUUUUUUUCAGCUUCUCUCCAUAAUUGCUACAAUCUUGGAAAGAAAUCCCGAAAUCGCGUUCACCCAAUCGCGAAUUGACUGCGACAAUGUAAGACGAUUUCUGACGGGAUCCCUGUGAUAAAUUCCCCGUUUUUCUUCAGCUGAUCAAAAAAGGAUUCGCACUUUUCGCCGCCGAAGAGGGCAUCAAGGAUCUGGACGAUUUGACGCCGUUCUAUCAGCUGGAAGGCCAGGCUCUCUCAUCGUCGACCGCAACCUUUUUGACAAAGGUAAACGCAUUGAUAAUAGCAGAAAACAUGUUUCUUCUUCUUUCUUUGAUGAUGUGACAGAUGAUUAGUGCGGAUUAACGGGUGGGAGAGGAUCGGCAGAGAAAAGGGCUUCUGGAAAUGAAUGGACGAUUGAAAUGCCAAGUGAUUUGGAUAAGAAAAGGAUAAUAAUGAGAUGAACAUUAUGAACGAGAGAGUUUCAUCUAGUCCACAUGGACUUAAAUCCCUCAUAAAGAGAAAUAGGGAUUUAAAACGUCCGGAAGCGGAUGGAAAAGGUUAACAAAUCAUAAAAAUGUCAAAAUUGCAGUAAUUCAUACAGUAAUUCUUGAAAGUUUCUGAAACCCUUCCAAUUCCAAACUUCUGACUCUUAUGUAUAUAUUUCUUAUAACAUUUCUCAUACAAUAACAUAGUGGGCUGUGUAUUUUGUAGCGCUCACCGCACGGGACCCCAAUAUUCCGUAAACUCUCAGUCUGUGACGAAAUGCCAGUCGAUAAUCAGGUGUCUGGAACGCUUGUAUUCGAGACGGAGAGUCUGUUUUUGUAUUCACUGAGACACCCCUCUAUGCUGGCUUAUCAAAGACAAAAAAGUGUUCGCGAGUCGAAUGAUAAAACAAAAUCACGUCACUUCCUAACAGAGAUUAGGCACCACCAAAAUCACGUGUUUAACAUUACUACUACAUCAUCGUUGUUGAAAUAAAUUCUGAACAAUCUUGGAGCUCAGAAAGAAAGUGGAAAGUUAGAGUUCAUAGUCUAUUUCCGGACGGAUUGAUCUCAUUUGUGAUUUUGUGCCGUUGAUAAGUGCACCCUUUGAUUAGAAAAAGAUGAGCAAUCCGAUCCAUAGAAGGAGCAAUAAAAAGGAUUAGAAAUCCAGUUUUCACGAAGAUUCUAACACGAAAAUAUAAUUCAUGAAAGGUGUUGAAAGUACACUCAUGGAAAAAUGGGCUGGAUCUUUCUCGUUUUGCCGGGAGGUUGUUGAGUUUAUAACGAAGAAAAAUGAGAACAAAAUGUACGGAAACCAGAGAAAAGGGAGGAGUAGCCUAAAACAAACCAUGUGUUCCUUUUGCAGGCAGUAGUCGAGUUCAUCCUGGCCGGCCGUCACUUCUCCCAAGUGAUCAACAUAUUCGGAGAGGGAACUCCAGAAGACAAGACCCUUCCAUCUCAACAUCACCGCGGAAAAAUGCCCAAAAUCAUAUACACGGGACGAGCGAGCAGCGAGAAUAAGAAGCGUCACAUCGGCAGACACCAUCAUCAUCACAGUCCCGGCGGCUCUUCGGACUCGUCUGGAAUGUUUCUGGCAGUGGAUGGAACUCCCGGAUCCCGUGGAUCUUCUGGAGCCACCACCCCGAACGCAAUAACUCCGGGACCGCUGACGUCGGCUUCUCUGUCCGGAGCACAAGAUGAGAGCUGUCGCCUUCAGUGA